CACGGAUAGGUGGCACUGAUAGGCAGCACAGCCACUGGGCACUGACUGGUGGCACUGACUGGCAGCACUGCUGGGCUGCACUGAUGGGCACUGGUGGGUGGCACUGGUGGACACAGGUGUGUGGCACUGCUGGGUGGCACAGGUGGGUGCACUGCUGGGCACAGGUGGGUGCACUGCUGGGCACAGGUGGGCGGAACUGUUGGGUGGCACUGCUGGGCACCGAUCAUCAGGGCACUGAUAAUCAGUGCCCUGAUGAUCGGUGCCGAUCCCUGCUCUGACAACUGCCGGUUCUCGGCAGUACUUUCCUCAUGCUCUGACAGCGUGAGGAAAGUGCAGCCGAGAACCGGCAAUUGCAU